GACCGGAGAUCGAAGAUGUGUACCUGAGAGAAUCCUUGUCUUCUUCAUACAUACUCUCCAACUUGUUCACGUCUCUCUCUCUCUCUCUCCUUGAAAACUAUUCCUCUCUCCGGCAAGAUCUCAAUCUCCGGGACUCGCGAGAUCUACGCAUGAGCUCUCUCUGAGCUUCUGAUUUUGAUCGAUGGGAGCUGAGAAGAAAUGGCUAUUCACACUCUUCUCCGUAGUAUUCAUCUCCGUCUUCCUCCUCCUCUUACUCUACUCAAUCUCCGCCUUCACCUCCAGCCCUUUCCCUUCCCCUCUCCGCCACGGCCCUCACUACCCGCCGUCUUUCGCUUACUACAUAACCGGCGGUCGUGGGGACAAAGACCGGAUCUUUCGGCUACUACUCGCGGUUUACCACCCUAGGAACCGGUACCUUCUCCAUCUCGGCGCUGAAGCUACCGAAGCCGAGAGGGUGGCUCUUCUCUCGGAGGUGAAGUCUGUUCCCGCUGUGAGUGCUUUCGGGAACGUUGAUGUGUUGGGGAAGGUUGAUCGGUUGUCUGAGAAUGGCGCUUCGAAAACGGCUAAUACUCUUCACGCUGUCUCUAUCUUGUUGAAGCUUGAUGGCUCUUGGAGUUGGUUCAUUGAGCUUAGUGCCUUGGAUUAUCCCCUCAUUACUCAAGACGACCUGUCUCAUGUGUUUGCCUCGGUGAAUAGAAGCCUCAACUUCAUUGACCACACUAGUGACCUUGCUUGGAAAGAGUCUCAGAGAAUCAAGCCUAUUGUUGUUGAUCCGGCAUUUUACUUAGCUAGAAGAACACAGCUCUUCACUGCUACUGAGAAAAGACCAACACCGGAUGCUUUCAAAGUCUUUACAGGCUCGCCGUGGACAGUACUAAGCAGGUCUUUUCUUGAAUACUGCAUAUUCGGUUGGGAGAACUUACCAAGAAUCCUCCUCAUGUAUUUCAACAACGUCAUCCUCUCUGAAGAAUGCUACUUCCACACGGUGAUCUGCAACGCCCCCGAGUUCAGUAACACGACGGUCAACGGAGACUUACGGUACAUGAUAUGGGACAGUCCGCCGAAGAUGGAGCCGCACUUCCUUACCGUAUCCGACUUCGAUCAGAUGUCUCAGAGCGGAGCAGCUUUCGCCAGGCAGUUCAAGAAAGACGAUCCGGUUCUUGACAUGGUCGAUAGAGAGAUUUUGAAACGGGGGCGGUACAGGGUCACUCCUGGAGCUUGGUGCGCGAGCCGUGGUAGCUGGUGGAACGAUCCUUGCUCGGAGUGGGACGAUGUUAAUGUGGUUAAAGCUGGGCCUCAGGCUAAGAAGCUUGAUGAGACGAUAAUGAAUUUUCUUGAUGAUUUGAAUUCGCAAACUAAUCAGUGCAAGUGAAGUAGAAGGGUGGGAAAGCAUUAUAUACACGGGACACGACACGAGAUUUACAUUUGUUUCUGUCUGUAAGGUUCAUUCUUUGGGCAAUAGUGGCGCUGUAUUUAUACGAGGAGAAGAGAAAAGGAAAUAUUUUCUUUUCUCUUCUCCCAAAUUUUGUAAUUCCUGACAGAACCAAUGUUUCACUAUUCGAUGAACGUUUGUUCUUGGUGUA